AGCGUGCGUCGUCAGCUUAAAGCCGCCCAGUUAACUGAGAAGUUGAUGACCACUUCGAAUACGCCUCUUCCUUGCCCUCCCGUCUAGUGACCAUGUCCGUAAACUCAAAAGUUGUCCUCGUCACGGGUUGUACCACAGGCGGCAUUGGCUAUCACAUUGCGGACGAAUUUGGCAAGAAUGGUUGCAUAGUAUAUGCAACUUCGCGAAGAGUCGAGACCAUGGACUUCACGAACCCUCAGGUUCGGACUUUAGCCAUGGAUGUCACAUCUGAUGAAUCCGUGCAGUCCACGAUUGAGGAGAUCGUCAAGAGGGAAGGGAAGAUUGAUAUUGUCGUCAAUAAUGCUGGUAUCUGGGUAGUUGCACCUCUAGUCGACCACACAGUCGAACAAGCAAAGACGAUAUUUGAUACCAACGUCUUAUCUUUCCUCCGCACGACGAAGGCUGUCUUGCCACACAUGGCUGCACGAAAGAAAGGUCUCAUAAUCAAUAUUGGGUCACUGGAUGGACAGAUUGCAACACCGUUCAGCGGCUUCUACGAUGCAUCCAAAGCAGCGCUCCAUUCUUUAACAGACGUCCUUGCUAUGGAGGCUCGCCCUCUGGGUGUGGAUGUCAUGCUUAUUGCCCCAGGGACUGUUUCAAGCAACAUCAUCGACAAUACGGCAAAUAACUCCCGCCUUCCGGCCAACUCGCUGUACAAGCCCUACGAGCAGAAGGUUUUGGAUCGUUUGUACUUCGCUACGACAAUGCCGGGAACUUGGACCUCCGAAAGAUUUGCUGUGGAGACAGUAAAGCGAGCUUUGAAACCCAAACCUCCGAGUUACUGGUCCGCUGGAGGGGCUUCGUGGAAGAUGUAUUUGCUGAGGUGGCUUCCUCGGUGGCUUGUAUUGUCCAUUCUGUGGAAAUCGCUCGGUGCGAAUUAGAUUCGCUACAUUAUGUAUAUAUUUAGAUGAUAAUCUUGCAUUUUUGUUGCCUGGAGGGUGUC